AUGUCGUACCUCAAUCGCGGCCAAACACCCCGUGUUCGGUCUCUAUCUCCGCUUAUUUCUCCUCCCGCGUUUGUUUUCACUGAAAUUCUCGCUGCUAAUACUUCUUACGACUUAUAUUAUAUUAUUGCUUGUUGCGUAUCGGUCGUCGGGACAGAGACCGGCAAUCCCAGGCGACCGGUCACACCGACUACUGCCGUAGGGUUUCCGCAACACCGGCGCAGGCCAGACAUACCGACCGUCAAAUGGCGUCCUGUGGACCCGUCCGUGUUCGAAGCGUGCAAGGAGCUCCGGGUGCCGGUGGGCAACAACGACAAGCGGCUGUCCAGCGACGACGAGGCCGAGACGAAACCGAGCGCUGAAUAA